UGGAAAAUUAGGAUUUUCUGUUCAGACCUGACAGAUUUAAAACCUCCCCCUCCUAGGACAGAAAUACUAUAUUUUGUCAUCAUUUGAGAGAACAAAUGCUCUGUUUUUUAAGAAACAAUAUUUUUUACUAUUUUACAAUAAUGGAGAAUUAUUUUAUAAAGUGUUUCAUGAAAAACAAUUGACAUUUUAUACAGUAUUUUGUUCAUAAUACAGUUCGGUGAAGGUGUACAUUUCUUCUACCUAUACCGAUAUGACUCUGGAGAAAUCUGUUUUAUUUCAAGAAGUUCAACCUCAACUCAAGAAGUAUUGCAUGGAUACAUAUGGAAUUGAGUUCCAGAUGAUCGAUGUGAGGUGGGGAGUUAGAGAUGAAUCAACUGAUGAUCAUUCAACAACAAAUAUAUUUCUUCAGGAAGUGAAAAACUGCAAGAUUAAUUCUCUUGGACCCUCAUUCAUUCUUUUGCUUGGACAGAAAUAUGGAUACAGGCCUUUACCUAGCGCAAUACCAGUUCAACUUUUUAAUCUAAUUCUAGGCUCAAUAGAAAGUUUGAAUAUAAUCAGCGGCGGGGUUCUUCUGCAAACUUGGUAUAGGAAAGAUAAAUAA